GGGGAGUGGAGGGGGUUAAGUGAGAGUAAGCAUGUGAGAACUAUCUAGAGGUGACCUCGCAUGCUGGGAGGAUGUGAAGUGCUCAGGGGAAUAGCUGGUGCUGUUUCUAUUGCUGCUGCAGCAGCACCGAGUGAGCGUGUCUCAGGAAGGAAAUGGCAGCAGCAUCCUCUGCCUGCUCAGCAUCGAUCUCACCGCAGAGAGAGCUCUUUGAAGGUUAGACAGAUGAAUCAAACCAGCAAAUGGCUAGAGGUUGGCUUCUGUGCAAAGGUAGCCUGCAUUGAGGGACUGCGGCCUGGAGCCCCCACACUGUGCUGAAUGAGAGAAAUGUGAGCUUGCUGCAGUGCUGCAGUGCUGCUGCAGACAACACUGCGAUCAGAGGAAUGCAUUGGUAAACAGAGGGAUUGGAGAGACCAACCGACCGAACAAUUCACUCCUCUCACUCUCAGCACAAAAGCAAGGUUUGACAGGAGGAGUGUGAGGGAGUGGGAGGUCCGAGCCCGAUAAGAAACUAGAACGACCAGCUUGCCUGCUCUUCUGGCAAAUACAAGUAACGCGAUUUGAAGGAAGUAUCACAAGCAAGGAGCUGGCUGCUCACAGGCUGUGAGACCUCCUCAAUGAAUGAGAGCUUCGCUGUCACUGGUUCUGGGCUGUCAUAGAGAGGCAGCUUCUGGAACAUGCUGCAGGAGCCCGCCUGUCAUCUGGCUUUAGCAUCACAGCGUCUCAGUGCUGCCAGUGAUUGAGACCCCGGGAAGUGGGAUUAAAAGAAGGAGCCCUCUUUGUGGUCUUAUCGUGGAGGUCGCACCGAGGUGCACCUGCUCGACAGAUAUCGCAGCAUUUUCUUCUCGUCCGGUGGAGCCUGUCUGUGUUGGAGGAGACUGCAGCAUGUUUCCUGCCAAUUGUUGUGCAGCCUGAAGGUGCUGUAUGGAUCGUGCGAGCUCCUGGUACCUGGACAGAUGUCUGCAGGCUGCAGAGAUGGACAGACUAUGCGGUGAGUGCAUUCCCUACCUGUGAUCAGGCCUGCCCUGUGUGGGCCAGGAGCCCAUGGCGUGUCUCAAACAGCAGCAGGCUGCCAUCAAAAUGGAAGCCGUGAAGAUCAUGCCCUCGGAGAAGUUCGCCGAGCGCCACGGGCCGCAGCCCCGCUACGGGCCGCCCUGCCGGGAGCCGCCGCUGGUAGGGAAGUGCGUCUGGCCCCUGGAGUCGGAGAUCAUCGUGAACCAGGCCUGCACCGACAUGCCCAUCAUGGAGAACGGCAGGAGCGGCGCGGGCCUGAGCAGGACGCCGCCGCGCAGGGAGAAGUUCUGCCAGGGUCACCGCAAGGCCAGCUCCGAGAUCUGCUACCACCGCAAGACGCCGUCGGACGAGGUCAUUGUGAACCAGUACGUGCUUCACCAGUCGGCCAACUCUGAGCCCCUGGAAUGCCCGACCUGCUGCCACACGUACAACUUCACCAACAAGCGCCCGCGGAUCCUGUCCUGCCUGCAUUCGGUGUGCGAGGAGUGCCUGCAGAUCCUGUACGAGUCCUGCCCCAAAUACAAGUUCAUCUCCUGUCCCACGUGCAAGCGGGAGACCGUCCUGUUCACCGACUACGGGCUGGCGGCCCUGGCGGUGAACACCAGUAUCCUCAACAGACUGCCGGCUGAGGCCCUAUCCGCCAACCCGGUGCAAUGGAGCGGAGACGCCGACCGGAGCUGCUAUCAGACCUUCCAGCAGUACUGUGGAGCGGCCUGUAGCUGCCAGCUCAGAAACCCGCUGUCUUCCUGUGUCAUCAUGUAGCCCACAAUAAAAACAAGCAGAGGAGAAGGGCCUGUUUUCCCCUGCGCAAGAGGUGCUUGCGAAAGGAUUACUCCAAGACUUUUAAAACAACUCGCUGUGCAGUGCAGCGCAGCAUUCUAUAUGGUAAAUUCCUAUAACUACUCAAUCUCGCCUGGGAGUUUCUGUGUGUUUUCUGUGAAAUCAAGGUACAAAACCCAGAUGAAGUGGCAAGUAUUCUACCGUCUUGAUAUUUUGCCUGAAAGGCUGUGUUGCCAAGCAACCUGCACAUAGUGACUUUGACCUCGGAAUUGCUUCUUUCUGCACAAAUAAUAUACCAAGAUGUUUAAAACCAUGCCAAUGUAGCGUAAUGCCAGUCCUCCCGGACGCCAGCUAUAGGUUUGUAAAGCUUAAUGUGCGCUCGGUUCAGCAGUAUUCACCAGCCGAACGAAGCCCCUUCCAGCCCAGGCCGGCCAGCGACCUCCUCAGACCUUCACUAAGAUCGCGAACCCCGUUAGAAUAUUUUUGUAAACCAAAUUUUAGACGAAUAUCUUCUAAAAGGAAAAAAAAACAGUUCAACUCUAAUGCUGUUGUUUUUAAUUCGUGCAUUUUCAAAAUUGGAAACUGCUUGUGUAAAGCAUAAAGCACAGGCCCGUAUUUUAACCUAACCUCUCUGACGUCCACAACACUCAAAGCUGUCCGUGCUGUGUCAGCCCACAGUAGCCGCAAGGAGCCAGCCUCGUCUGUGCUGCUUUUAUUGGGGGGAAGGGGAAGGCGGAAGGGAGCUGGGCUGAAAAGGGUUAAAGUCCGGUUCUUUAUCAGACCAAUUUUGUCACGGUAACGAGAGAAUAAAACCUGUCACUGUGCGUCAGUGCGUCAAAGCGAAUGGCUUUGUUCUGCUCAGUGUCCUGUGCCACCACACGGCUCAAUCCAUACGCACCAAACCUAUUAACCCUUGUCAUCACAUGAAGUAUACAGAGCCCAUGUGGCCAGUGAUAAUAGUGAAUAUUGGAAAGCGUAUUGAGAGCAGGGUUAGGAUCACCAAGAACGUUUCUUUAUCGAUUGUAUUCUGUGAAUAAACUCAAAUACUAGAA